CCAUUUCCGCUCCCGGUCCCGCAGCUCCCGGCCCCGCACGGCCGCCCCGCACUGCGCGAUGCUCCGCCUGCUGUGCACCGCGCUGCUCCACGCGCUGCUGCUCCGCGCUCAGCUCCCGCCGCGGGUCGACAUCCCGGCCGGCGACCCCCGCCGCCCGGUCUGGCGCUUCCCGUUGCGGCACGGCGACGCGCUGCUGCUGAGCGCGGACGAGGCGCUGCUCUACGUGGGCGCCCGGGACGCCGUGCUGGCGCUCAACGUCAGCGACCCCGCGCGGCCCCGACUCGUGGCCACGGUGCCGUGGGGACCCACGGAGGAGAGAAAGAGGGAGUGCAGCCUGAAGAGGAAGAGCCCCGAGACCGAGUGCUUCAACUUCAUCCGGGUCCUGGUGGCUCUGAACCGCACCCACCUGUACGCGUGCGGCACCAACGCCUUCAGCCCCGCCUGCACCCACAUCCUCCUGGACAACUCCUCCAUGCCGUGGGUCGCAGUGGGGCAGCGCGAUGGAAAGGGGCAAAGCCCCUUUGACCCCCAGCAUUCCCACACUGCGCUGCUGGACGGUGGGGAGCUGUACGCAGCCACAGCCAACAACUUCCACGGCACGGAGCCCAUCGUCUCGCGCUCGCUGGGCACCCGAACCGCACUCAAAACCGACGCCUUCCUGCGCUGGCUGGCAGGAUCCCCUCACCCCACGAGUCCCCACGGCGCCCCCAGCCCCCUCACCAGAGCCCCGUCCCCAGACGACGCCACCUUCGUGGCCUCGGCCGCCCCCGCCGACGACGACCAGGUUUAUUUCUUCUUCGAGGAGACGGCGCUCGAGUUCCGCUGCGUGCAGCGCCUGCGGCUGCCGAGGGUGGCGCGCGUGUGCAAGAGCGACGUGGGGGGGGACAAAGUGCUGCAGAAGCGCUGGACCACCUUCCUGAAGGCGCCGCUGCGCUGCUCGCUGUCCGCCCGCUUCCCCGCCGAGCGAAUCCGGCACGUCGCCGCCGCCCCCCCCGCCCCCCCCGCCGCCGGCACCGAGCGCGGCGCCGAGUUCUACGGCGUGUUCAACGAGCCGGGGCCCCACGGCGGCUCGGCGCUCUGCUCGUUCAGCCGCGCUGCGCUGCGGGCGGCGUUCGAGGGCCGCUUCCUGGAACGGGAGAAGGAAAACGCGGCGUGGAGCGUCCGCAGCGCCCCCAGCGGCGAGGCCAGGCCUGGCAGCUGCUCCGUUGCGCCGUCGUCCGACCAGGCGCUGACCUUCAUGAAGGACCAUUUCCUGAUGGAGACCCCGGUGCCCCCCGCCCACGGCCGCCCGCUGCUGCUGAGCCCCAACGUCUCCUACACCCACAUCGCCGUGCACCAAGCGCGCGGCGUCGGCGGCACCCCGUACCGAGUGCUGUUCAUGGCCACCGCCGAGGGCUCGGUGCACAAGGCGGUGGAGCUGGCGGGCGGCCGCGCGCUGGUGGUGGAGAGCAUCCGCGUGUUUGAGGAGCCGCAGGGCAUCAGCUGCGUCCUGCUGUCAGCCAGCAAGGCCGUGCUGUACCUGGGCCACGCCGGCGGGCUGCUGGCGGUGCCGCUCUCCAACUGCAGCCAGCACCGCAGCUGCGCCCAGUGCGUCCUGGCCAGGGACCCCGAGUGCGCGUGGAGCAGCGGCAGCGGGCGGUGCGAGAGCCUGCGGGGCAACGGCGGGGAGCGGGGAGCGGCGUCCAGCCUGAGGCGGAGCCUCACGUGGCUGCAGGACGUGGAGGGAGGCGACGCCAGGAGCCGCUGCCAGCGCGGGAGGAGUGGGGGGGCGGAAAUGGAGGCGGAAAUGGAGCUGACGCUGCGCCCCGCCGCUCACAGCGUGCUGCGGCUGCCGUGCCCGCGGCGCUCCGCCUGGGCGGCGUACAGCUGGGAGCGGCCGGCCGGCGCCGGGGACGCGGAGCUGCUGCCCGACCUGACGCUGCUGCUGGUCGCCCAGCGCCGCUCCGUCGGCUCCUACGUCUGCUGGGCCACCGAGAACGGCGUCCGCUGGGCCGCGGCUCGGUACCGCCUGCUGGAGCCCGACGGGGGCGGCCGGGGGAGCGAGGAGGAGGCGACGGCCCCCCCGCGCCCCCCGCCGCAUGGCUCCUACUGGCCGCAGUUGGUGGCCGUGGCCGCGCUGCUGGCUUUGACGCUGCCGGCGGCCGUCGGGUUGGGGUUGGUGGCUUUUAGGGCGCGGGGCAAAGCGGGGGGGGUGGAGAAAACCCCCCUGAAUGGGGAGGGGGGCGUGGGGGGGGAGAGGGGCUGCGUGCAGAUGGACGGAGGGAGCGGCGGCGAGUCUGGAGGGCUGCGGUGAGAAAUGGGGCAGAUGGGGCCGCGGAGGGGCUGAAGAUGGGGGGAGGUUUGGGGUUUUUUGGGGAGAGGGAUUGGUGAAUUUAAUGCAGCGUUAUGGGGGGACCCCAUAGCAGUGCUGACCCCACUGCAGUGCUCUGCUCACCCCAUAGCAGUGCCAGCCCCACUGCAGUGCUGUGCUCACCCCAUAGCAGUGCCAUCCUCAUUGCAGUGCUGUGCUCACCCCAUAGCAGUGCCAGCCCCACUGCAGUGCUGUGCUCACCCCAUAGCAGUGCCAUCCCCACCGCAGUGCUGUGCUCACCCCAUAGCAGUGCCAGCCCCAUUGCAGUGCUCUGCUCACCCCAUAGCA